ACUGUAGCCCAUCGUGAACGCGGGCGCGCGACCUUGUCCAGCUGUUUUUGCAACCAAGAUGACGAGCAACACCAGGUACAAGAGCCGAGCACUCAGAUCAGAGGAUGGAAGAGAGGAGAAGGAGUAUGUGGGGUUUGCCACCCUCCCCAACCAGGUCCACAGGAAGUCAGUCAAGAAGGGGUUUGACUUCACCCUCAUGGUGGCAGGAGAGUCUGGUCUGGGUAAAUCUACUCUGGUCAACAGCCUUUUCCUCACAGACCUGCACAAGGACAGGAAACUCCUCAAUGCUGAGGAGCGUAUCAGUCAGACAGUGGAGAUCACUAAGCACACGGUGGACAUAGAGGAAAAAGGAGUUAAACUGAAACUGACCAUCGUAGACACACCAGGGUUUGGAGACGCAGUCAACAACACUGAGUGUUGGAGGCCAAUCACAGAUUACAUUGACCAGCAGUUUGAGCAGUACUUCAGAGAUGAGAGUGGACUGAACAGGAAGAAUAUCCAGGACAACAGAGUCCACUGCUGCCUCUACUUCAUACCCCCCUUUGGACACGGGCUUCGUCCAGUAGAUAUAGAGUUUAUGAAGGCUCUGCAGGACAAGGUCAACGUGGUUCCUCUCAUCUCUAAAUCUGACUGCCUUACUCCCAACGAGAUCAGGAAACUUAAAGACCGGGUCCGUGAGGAGAUAGAUAAGUUUGGGAUAAAGGUGUACCAGUUCCCAGACUGCGACUCUGAUGAGGAUGAGGAGGCCAAACAGAAGGACAGAGAACUCAAGGAGAGCACUCCGUUUGCUGUGAUCGGCAGUAACAUGGUGGUGGAGACCAGAGGUCAGAAGGUCAGAGGGAGACUCUACCCCUGGGGCAUCGUAGAGGUGGAGAACCAGUCUCACUGUGACUUUGUGAAGCUGAGGACCAUGCUGAUCAGGACCCACAUGCAUGACCUGAAGGACAUCACCUGUGACUGUCACUAUGAGAACUACAGGGCUCAUUGUAUACACACCAUGACCAGUAAAAUGAAUACAGAUAACCGUGUGGAGAGCCCGAUUCCCAUCCUACCCUUGUCCACCCCAGACGUGGAGACAGAGAAACUCAUCAAGAUGAAGGACGAGGAGUUGAGGAGGAUGCAGGAGAUGCUUCAGAAGAUGCAGCAGCAGAUGCAGCAUGAGCAAGACCUGUGAGCCCUGACCCCUAACCUCUCACUCCUGACCUCUCACCUCUCUCUUCUCACCUAAUGAUAUGUGGAACGACUAACACAGGGUCAAUCACGUGCUGGCCAAUCACACUGCAACCUCACUCCAACUGAAACAGUACAAUUCUAUCUGGAUGUUCUGAAAUAUUACACUCUCUUCUCAAUAAUGUGCAUCCCUAACAGAGACACUGGACACAGGGUAAAACCAACACCAAACACUCUGGAUGGGCCACACACCCUACACUGGAUAAACACUUUUAAACAGGGACAAACAUUUUGUCAACGAUUUGUUGGUGUUGUGAAACCCCCCCCCCAAAAACGAUGCUUUGUUGGAUGCAGUCAGAAGCCAAGACUAUAGCCAAGCUUUAUAGCAUUAUAGUAGAUUUGCACCUUAGAUUGCAGUUGGUGUCCAAGCUUGUUUUUGUAUUUAAGGGAAGUAGUUUGGUACUGAAUUAGACUGUUUAUGAUUAUUGUUGAAUAUGUAUUUUGCACUCUACUGGCUCACACAGUUAAAAUGUGUGUGUGUGCAUGUGUGUGCGUGUGUGUGUGUAUAUUUUUGUGUGUGUGAGAUAAGGAGAGAGUGUCUCUAAGUCAGCAUUGACAUAGAGACAGGCCACAGUGUCAUUUCCUGUCCAACAGAAGUUAUGAGACAAACCAAAGUUUUGAGAGAUUCUCAAAUCUUCUUGUCCCUUUGCUCCGUUGACAGACUAGCUUCUGUCUCUGAGGGUUCUCUUAUGGAACAAGGGCAACGUGUUGCAGCACCAUCAAUGUUCUGAGAGUCUACUGAAGAUUCUAGGAGAUAAACACAUUAGAUCAAAUUUCACUUGAGAAGAUUAGAUUACAUCCUGGAAAAUACUGUGUGUGUGUGUGUGUGUGUGUGUGUGUGUGUGUGUGUGUGUGUGUGUGUGUGUGUGUGUGUGUGUGUGUGUGUGUGUGUGUGUGUGUGUGUGUGUGUGUGUGUGUGUGUGUGUGUGUGUGUGUGUGUGUGUGUGUGGAUAUGUGUAUGUGUGCACCUGUGUGUUAAUGUGGUGUUGAUUAGCCUGUAUGAUGGUCCAUCCCGUUGUAGUACGUAACAUAGAUGAAUAGAUCUCUCAGCAUGGUCAAGGUUGUGUCCACACAGACACGGUGAUGUCUCACACUGGUGCAUAUCACUCAAUAAAAGCCCACUGUUGUACCU